AAAAAAAGAGAGAUCUAAAAUAAGCCUUCUUUUUUAUUAAUCAAUCAUGGUCACAACGAGUCAACAACAAGGACCUAAAGGAAGUGGAGGUUCAGCAUUGAAGAGACUUAAAAAGACACUCCAGGCAGCUGGUGUUGUUGGACAAACCUCCAAAGCGAGUCGAUCCAAAAAAGAUCGUAAAAGAGGUGCACCUACCGAAGUGGGUCGUAAUGAUUCUGACAAGAAGCUUUCACUUAUUCGUGGUGAAUUCAACCCUUUUGAACAUAAAAUUCAAAAGACAAAGUUCGAAAUUCUCGGUCGUAAGAUGAAGGGUACCUCUGGUAAACCUAAUUUAAGUAAGCAAGUGGGUGAAGAAAACCGUAAGAAGACAUUGCUCGUAGAAAUGAGAAGUAAGAAUCGUCGUGGUGGAAUUAUCGAUAAACGUUUCGGUGAGAACAAUCCUUCCUUGACACCUGAAGAAAGAAUGUUGGAGAGAUUCACCCGCGAAAAGCAAAAGUCCUCUCGAUCCACCUCCAUGUUCAAUUUGGACGACGAUGAAGAGGAUUUAUCACUUACUCAUUAUGGUCAAUCCCUUUCUAAUAUGGACGAUUUCGAUGAUGCUGGUCUUGGACUCAGUGACGAUGAAGAGGACAAGAAGCAAAUGGACGGUAAAAUCGUAUCUAGAUUGCAUUUCGGUGGUUUCGAAGAUGAGGGAGGUGAGGAUGGUGAUAGACAUAAAUCUAAGCAUGAAGUCAUGAAGGAGAUUAUCGCCAAGAGUAAAAUGCACAAGCUUGAACGUCAAAAUGCCAAGCAAGAGGAUGAUGAAUUACGUGAGAACUUGGAUGAAGAACUUGACGAUAUCCGAAGCCUUUUAGAAACAAAGCCUCGUAGACCUUUGCCCUCUCAAAACGCUGUUUUCAAGAGAAACGAAGACGAGAACCCUAGAAACGAAGUAUUGGAAGAUUACUCCGAGUAUGAUAAAGCCAUCCGUGACCUUGCUACUGACCAACGUGCUCAAGCCACAGACCGUACCAAGACAGAAGAAGAAAUUGCCAUUGAAGAGAAGGAAAACCUCGAAAAGGCUGAGCGUGCCAGAAAGAGACGUAUGGAAGGCCUUGAUUCUGAAGAUGAAGAAGAUAGUUCCAGCAAGAAGAAGUCGCACAAGAAGAGAAAGGGUGCACCUCAAGCUGAUGAUCUUGAUGACGAUUUCCUUGCUGAAUUAGAAGACGAUGUCGCUCAACUUGGUAAAGGUUUGACUCUUGAAGAUAUCAGAAACAGUCUUGUUGAUGACGAUGAGGAGGACGAUGAAGAUGAGGAAGGUGAAGAUGAAGAUGAAGAGGAUGAAGAGGAGGAUGAGGAAGAUGACGAAGAGGGUGAAACAGACAACUCGGAUAUUGAAGACAUUGAAGAGGACGAUGAAGAAGCACCUGUGUUUGGUGAAGAUAAUGGCGAUGAUGAUAUGAAUGAGAUUGGUAAAGCCGGUGUAGUUCAAAAGAAGAAGGUUGAAGCACCUGUCAAGGUUGAGAAGCGUGAAAUUCCCUUCACUUUCGAAUGCCCUACUACUCACGAAGAGUUCCUCACUAUUCUUGAAGGUCUCGAUGCCGAAGAUUCCGUUGUGGUUACCAAGCGUAUCCGUGUUUUGUACCACAUCAAACUUGCCCAUGGUAACAAGGAAAAGUUGACCAAGUUUUUGGGUGUUUUGGUCGACCAUUUGGCCUAUGUUGCAUCUACAGUGUACCCUUUGCCUACCUCUGUUCUUCAAGAUCUCGGUACCCAUGUAUUUGAGCUUUCUCAACAAUUACCUGAAGCUGCUGCCGAAAUCUUUACUGCCAAGUUGAAGAAGAUGCACGGUGAUAUGGCUAAAAAGAUGAAGCAUACCAGCUCUUCAUGGCCCGAUGUUGAAGAUUUAACUCUUCUCCGUUCUAUUGGACAAAUCUUUUCUACUUCUGAUUUGACUCAUCCUGUCGCCACUCCCGCCUUAUUGUUCAUGUGUCAAGCUUUAGGACAAUGCCGCAUUUCUUCUGAGAUCGACCUCGGCCGCGGUCUGUUUUUGACAUUAUUGACAUAUGAGUACCAAACUGUAUCCAAGCGCUUUAUUCCCGAGAGUCUCAACUUUUUAAACAGAGCUUUGGUGGCACUUGCACCCCAGGAAACCUUCGGAGAUCAUAUUCCCGGUUAUUUCCCCAUGCCUGAAGGUACAUCCGAACUCUCGAUUAAGGAUACGGAAGCCAAGGAAGCCGCAGUGAUUGCUCCUCUUAAAUUUGAACAAGUCAAUGUUGAAACAGAAGAAGGAAACGAUGGACUUCGUCUCUCACUUGUUCAAGGUACACUUCGUAUGUUUGAACGUUAUUUAAAGCUUUAUGCAUCUACACCAGCCUUUUUAGAAGUGUUUGAAGACAGUUUAAAGAUUGUUUCUAAAUUGAGCACACUAAGCUGGCAUCAAGAACUGGAGACAUUGAUCAGUACAGUGCAAGGUCGUCUUGAAAGACAAAUCAAAUUCUGUAAAGAGAAACGUUCAAAGACACCACUUAGAAUGCAAACACAUCGUCCCAUACCCAUUGCUCAACACUUGCCCAAGUUUGAGAAGGCAUACUCUAUGGAUCGUCAUUAUGAUCCCGAUCAUGAACGUGCUCAAUCUCAUAAACUCGAGUCCCAACUCAAGAAAGAAAAGAAGGGUGCAUUGCGUGAGCUCCGUAAGGAUAACCAAUUCAUUGCUAGAGAAAAGGCUAAGGAGCGUAAGCAAAAGGAUGAAGAAUAUAACAAGAUGGUUAAGGGUGUUAUGACAAUUUUGGAAGGCGAACAAUCUGAAAUGAAACGUCUGGAACGCGAGAAAGAUAAGAAGCAUUAAAAAAAAAUAUAAUACAAUAGAAUAAAAACAACGCACGGCAUAUUUUUUUUUUU